AUGCAGAAGGAAAGAAAUUUCAGGGUGCAAGUGUCUGGUUCGCAUGCAUCAACUGACAGUGGCAAGGGGGGUUUGCAGACUUCAUCAUCCAUCAGCCAAACUAACAAACAUUCAAAAACAAAAAAGUUGAAUAACAACAGCAGCUCUGCCUCCAAGCUAUCAAGCGAUGAUGGUGUUGAUUGUUCAUCGAGCACAACAACAACAACAACGAUAGUUCAACAACUGCAGGGUUUCAAUUAUGACUCCCACUCUAACAUUCCCACUUGUGGGGAGAGUUUAUCAAAGAAUAAAUGGAGGAAGAAAUCCACCAAACCACCGCCAUCCUACCUGAACCACACCAACCACAAACCAAGAAGCAGAUCGUACGACCAGUGUACAAAACGUCACGAUGAUGUUUCUAGCUCUCAACAACUUACCAAUUACAACAACGUGUUUAAUAUUCCAAGCAAUCUCGACAAACACGCUUCUUCGACAUCUCGUCUGCUUGAAGACGGCGCAGACAAUCGUUCCAACUUCUUCAGCCAUUCAACUCCUGUCAACGUUCUUAAUCGGCCGAUAUCGAUACAGCUGCAACAAGAAGCAUCUUCUUCAAGAUCUGUCAAGCAACACAAGAAGAAGACGGCUAACUUUGGACCUCCCCUCUCCACGCUCAGACUCUUAGCCACGAGGAAAAAAACACACAAAACUAUGUUGACCAUAACAAAGGAAGGUUGGGUCGUCAUUGAGUUCACACAGAUGUUUGCUAGCAACAUGUACGUGACCAGUGUGACGUUUAUAUCUGGAGAUGGUCAGCAGAUAAAAUAUUUCGCCUGCAAGAGCGGUGAGGAGAUGUUGUUGCGUCCCGACAAGCCAGUCGUCAACUUGGCAUCGCCAGUGCCGAAUGUGCCAUGUGAGGUGUACACUUUCAACCAGCUUCCCAAAAAUCUUUGGAAUAUUUAUAAGUACGCCAGCCAAUUUGUCAACACGGUACGGUCGGUGACUCCAACAGUCAUCUAUUAUACGGAUAAGGCGAAAUGCAUGCUAAUGGAGAACAAUAGGUUCGUGGCUAAUUUCUACGACGGUGUGACCUUCACUCAGUUGCAGUCGAAGAUGACGAUCACUGAAAGCGAUGACAGGACGACGACCUUGGAUGUGUCAGCCAGCAUCAGUCAGAUGCUGCCAGACACACAAGAUAGAUGGAACCAUGUUAUUGAGGUGUACAAGACGUGUCGCGCCCUGGUCGAGUUGCUCUUAGUAUCCAACCCCAAACUCUCAUCUUCAUCGCCCUUCCCUUGCUUCUUAGGAAGACAGCCGACAGGAGUAACGAUCGCGUCCUCUUCGACAAGUGCAGCCAGCAAAAAGAACUGCGGCAGAUCAAACUCGCACGCCAGCAUCAACAACGAGACCACACUGUCUCCUUUCAGUAUUAGAUCGUACAGCAGUUCCAAUGUAACCGCCACAUCGACUCCAACUUUCUGCGGUCGCACGUGCACCAGCGUCGACACAUUCAAAAGUGACUCGCUCGCGAGCGCCGAUGCUUCCAACAGGCCGUCGACGACGUUCGACUGCCAAAAACAACCUCACAUCAAAUAUCUCUCCCUGCCAGAUGUUGGCAAUGUUUACGAGUACCCACGUGGCUUCUUCGUGAUCGAGCGGUUGGACGAGACGUGCAUCCUGUUGGACUCGCAGGCGGACAGCUACACUUUCAAGCUGAAGUCAGGUAGCACGCUCACCUUUUGCAAGGUGGCUGAUGUCCCUUCCAGCUACCGCCGCAUGUUGGAUGACUUACCUCACAUCUUGCAACUCCUCGCCAAGACUAAACCCCUCACAUCAUUCUCCUCUUGAUUCGAUCGAUCUUUCUCCGUUAAUCAUUCAUAUUUCGUUUCAUUCCAUCGCCAGUAUUACAUUUUUUAUUUUUCAUUUUUCUUGUCAUCACCACUCUGACCAUCCAUCAACAUCCUCUCCACCGACCAUCAACAUCCUCCCCACCGAUAUCAUCAUCAGCACCGACAUCCUUACUCACCACCGGUUCACAUUUUUUCUCAAACUGUUUACGAUGUACAUAGGAUAGGAAGUAUUUGAUUGUCAUAUAGUAUAGCGCGGUGUACAUAAGAUGUAUCUGGUUUGCGUAUUGUAUCAUAUUGUGUCAUAGAUAUUAUCAUCAUUGCACAGCCGGUCUUGUUGUCUUCGUUUUUGUUGCUGAUAUAUUUAAUAUUAAAUAGAUUUAAACGAUGAAGACUUUGAUGAUGAUGGUUCAAAUAUUUCUGCUCAUUUAUAGUUGGCAGCGGAGACCUACCUACUCCAUUUGAUCGUUCUAACGAACGGCUACGUUACUUAUGGAACUUAUUCAGCUUUUUUUACUUCUUCAUUAAUCUUUGCGACGCGUUAAUUUCGUUAUUGUCUACAUUUUAUUUUAAACAGUAGGCGUCGUGAAUGAGGAGGUAAAAUUGAAUCGAAAAUGCUCACAAAUCAAGUGGAUGAUUAGUAAGAAGCAGUUGGAAACAUUUCAGGAGUUCACUCGAACGAGUCGUUACAAUGACAUGAGAAAUGUU